ACAUGCAAAGCAUUGCGCCACUCACAUACUACUUUAAUUACAUGUUGCUUAGCACCACUGUCCUUGCAAGUACAACCAAAAAAAGCGACAUCCAUCGAAGACCAACCCAUUCCACCAGAGAACCGUGGCUUCACAUACCUAGAGUUGAAGACCAUCACCAAUAACUUUGAGCGGGUCCUUGGCAAAGGUGGCUUCGGGACCGUUUACUAUGGCCGCUUGCAGGAUGGCACCGAAGUCGCAGUGAAGCUACGGGCUCGAACAUCGGCGCAAAGAAUCAAGGAGUUCCAGGCCGAGGCCCUGCUCUUAUCAAGGGUUCAUCACAGAAAUUUGGUGUCUUUGAUUGGCUACUGCAAGGAUAAUAAUUGCCUCGGACUUGUGUAUGAGUUUGUGGCCCAAGGAAGUCUCAAAGACCAUCUUACAGAUAAAGAUGGUACUAGCAGAGUCCUAAAUUGGAGAGAGCGGCUUCGGAUUGCAGUUGAUGCCGCACUAGGGCUGGAGUAUCUGCAUGAAGGAUGUACCCCACCUAUUAUCCAUAGAGAUGUGAAGACCAGCAACAUCCUUUUAUCAGAAAACUUGGUGGCCAAGAUAGCAGAUUUUGGGUUGUCAAAGGCUUUCCUUACUGAUGAUCACACUCAUGUGUCUACCGAGAUUAUCAAGGGCACUCCAGGAUACAUAGAUCCUGAGUACCAUGAUACCUUCCAGCUGAAUGAGAAGAGUGAUGUAUACAGCUUCGGGGUUGUUCUCUUGGAGCUAAUAACAGGCCUACCGGCUGUGCUUAGAAACCCUGACAGGGGUCACAUAGUCCAAUGGGUGUGGCAGCGGAUUGCCAGAGGAGAAAUCACUGAUAUUGUUGAUGCAGGGCUAAGAGGAGAGUACGACACCAACUCUGUUUGGAAGGUAACAGAUACAGCAAUGAAGUGCACCAUGCCAACAGCUAGUCAGAGGCCAACAAUGAUCCAAGUGGUGAUACAGUUGAAGGAGAGCUUGCAACUUAUGGAGAGCUUGCAACUUGUGGUCAGCCAUGAAAGAGCUCAGAAUAUCUAUGUAGAAGCCUUGGAGCUGGAUCAGACUGAUUUAGUGGAAAUAGCACGCAUUGACAUGAAAACUACGGUGAGUGGUCCAAUAGUAAGAUAAUUAGGUGCAUCUCUAUGAAGUAUGGACUCUAUACCUGCAUGUGCAGUCUGUGCUUAUGGUUUGGUGUGAGCUUAUGGUUGGGUGUGAUUUUGUUUUUUUUUUUUGGGUCCAUAUGGUUUGGUGUGAUUUGAAAGUGUAUUGUUGUGCAGAAAUAGUUGGACUAUAUUUGGUGUGGUUUGGCCUUCAUUAACCGUUGGG